CCUCAGUAGCAGAGGACUGAUCAGGUCCUGCUGUUCCUUCCUCUUCUGGAACGUUCCGUCCUCUCGUCGUCUCUGGAUCCUCAGAUGCUUCCACUUUAACUCGACUCCGUUUCACGUUUUCUUCCACAUUUAGAGAUUUUUGGGUCCAGUUCUUCACGUCUGGACUUGUCUGGACUUCGCAGCCAUCAUGACAGACAAACCUGGGAUGUCUCCGGGCGGGGACGAUGCGGGCAGUAUCAUGGCGUUGCUGGAGCGCGUGGCGGGCCUCAUGGACGGUGUCCAGGCCACGCAGCAGCGCAUGGAGGAACAUCAGCUGGAGCUGGAGAACACAGUGAAGACUAUCCAGGCUGACGUCAUCAAGCUGACCAACGAGCACGCAAACACCAGCUCCACAGUCGACCGGCUGCUGGAGAAGACGCGCAAGGUCAGCCGCCAUAUCAAGGACGUCAGGGUGCGCGUGGAGAACCAGAACGUUCGGGUGAAGAAGGUGGAGGCCACGCAGGGAGACCUACUGGCCAAGAACAAGUUCAGGGUCGUCAUUUAUCAGGGCGACCAGGAGGUGAAGGCCGUUUCACCCAGCAACGAGUCAGCGGAACACAGCGGCAGAGGCGGAGCCGAGGUGGAGCCGGACAAGUUUGAGCUUCCUCCAGAUUCAGAUGAGGAGUACAUGGUGGUGGAGGAGGCCGACUCCUCGUCCGCCGGCCGCAUGAAGAAGUCCGGCCUAACACGCAUCGAGAGCUUCAAAGCCACGUUCUCCAAGGAAAACAUGAGCAAGACCCGAGAGAACCUGGGCACCAAGGUCAACAAGCUAGGUGGACGCAUUGUGACAGCUGAGCGCCGCGAGAAGAUCCGUCAGUCUGGCGAAAGGCUGAAGCAGUCGGGCGAGAGGCUGAAGGAGACCAUCACCAAGAACGUGCCGGCCAAGCUCCAGCUGAAGAAGGAGAGGACUGUGGCCGAGGGUCAGGAAGGAGCCGAGGCCGCGGAGGGAGCGGCGCCCGUCCCCCCGCCCAAGGGACGCAAGGGCAGCCCGGACGCUGCCAAGAUGGCUGCCGCCGAGGGCAAGGUGGAGGAGGCGGAGGUGCCGAUGUACGACAUGAAGCAGCUAUCGUAAAAAAAAAAAAGCCAUGACGCAGCCACAAGGUUUUCUUUGGACUACUGAGACCAUGCAGAAAAGGGCCGGACUUAAGUUUGGAGGGCAUCGCCACCGUGGCCACCAUGUUGGCGCCGCAUGGGUGCAGGCGAAUGAUAAAGUGUAACUUUAUUUUGAAAGUUGUUGAAGGAAGUGAGCGAGAAAGGAGAAGAUCCAGGCGGAGGUUUUUCAUCUUCAGCUACACAUGGACACAAAUAUGAAGAAGAAGAAUAAGAAUUAUAAUAAUAAAUAUGAACGUGAUUGUUUGGACUUUGAUAAACACGGACUGUCUAUUUUUCACGUUAUCUGUUUAUGACCACACUAACAUGUAAACAUUAGUUCCAUGCACUUUAGAUCAGGGUUAGCAAAUAAAAGCAGAUUAUUAGAUAAUUUUUCUUCAUCACAUAAAUUAACCAGUUAAACACCAGGUUUAAUAAAUAAAUAAAUAAUACCUUUAUGUUGAAACUUUUACUUGUGUUAGGUUGUAAUGAGUCAGUGUUACAUUGUAGUUCACAUUCACACGGAACGUUAGCAGCCGCUUUAGCUGUUAGCAGCUACUGUAGUUGUUAGCAGCCACUGUAGCUGUCAGCAAUUACUGUAGUUGUUAGCAGCUACUGUAGCUGUUAGCUGCCACUGUAGCUGUUAGCAAUUGCUGUAGUUCUUAGCAGCUACUGUAGCUGUUAGCAUUAACUGUAGCUGUAAGCAGCUACUGCAGUGGUUAGCAGCCACUGUAGCUGUUCGCAAUUGCUGUAGUUCUUAGCAGCUACUGUAGCUGUUAGAUGCUAACACCACAGCCUCUGGCUACAGCAGUAGUGAGCAGAAUCACUACUUUAUUACUCAUGGUGGUGGCGCUCAUCACAGGAGUGAGCAGAAGUGAACUGGCUGAAGAAGACGUUGACAUUGAUAUAAUGUUGGAGAAAAGAACGCAACAUUAAUUUUCUUACACAGAUAACGUGAUGUAUCGUUAGAGGAUCGUUUUGUAAGUACUGAUUAUCGCUGAGUCACUGUAUUGUCCUGAUUUUAUCAUUAUUGUAGGACAUGUUUCAUGUAUCGCAUCGCAAGCAUGUUGGUAAAAGGUUUGUAAAAACAUAUAAACCCUGUGUCAUCAGAGGUAAAAACAGAUACUAGUCAUGUGACUUAAAGACAUGACGAUAAUGGAACAGUUCCACCUAGUGGCCGGUGGAUUUACUUAAAAUGAAUUUUGAAAGAAUAAAAAGUAGUUUUGACGUGUGAGCACAGAUCUGACAGCAGCAUCAUGUGACCUGUUGUUUAUUCUACGUUUGUUUUGUAGCUUUGCUGCUGAGUGAUGCAUGACUGUAGUUUGUCAGUGAAAAUAUUAAAGCUGUUUUUGUCAAGUGGAGAAAAUAAAGUUGACGUGAAUCAUU